UCUUGACUUGGCUAAACGAUUUCUUAAUUGAGCAUAACCUUAAAAACUCAAAAUUUAAUUGAUUUAAGAUUUUUUGGCGUUUUAGUUUUAACCGAGAAAUUGAAGUGAAUAAAAGUAAAACGCUAAAUCCAUGCUUGCAGUUGAUACUUUUUCACUGCAAUGCUAAGGGGACUGCUUGUUUUGCUUUUAAUUUUUGCUGUCUCUCUGAUGACAUCACAGGCUGACACUGGCGGUUUCUUUCCGGAUAUAGAAGGAAAUUUAACGAAGAUAACGUGGGCGCAUGCAGUCAAUAACCAAUCGUAUCUGGACGAAGUUUUGAACAAUGACGGAAUAAUGAUGAUCGAAGCAGACAUCAGUCUGGGAAAGGUAAACGGUGAUGACAAAGUAGUCCCUAUAAUGGCCCAUCCGCCUGACAAUACAUCAGAUAUAUCACUUGAGAGUUUUCUGCAACAGAUCGACGCAUUCAAUCAGGACGAAACUAACCGGAAAGGCGUCAAACUCGACUUUAAAACGAUCGAGGUGUUUAACAGUUCUCUGGACAUAGUUGGCAAGUAUGAAAAGGCAAGCUAUCCGAUCUGGAUCAAUGCCGAUAUCUUACCGGGACCAAUCGACGCCUCUACUCUGCCGGUAGAUGCCGACCAAUUUCUAGAAAAUAUCGCACGUUUUCCCAACGCCACUUUAUCUAUAGGCUGGACCACUAUGUACGGAGCGACGAUGACCGGAUCGUACGACACGGAGCAGAUCGAUGCGAUGCUUGACGUCAUCGAAAGGCACAAGAUAUCCCAGGCAAUCACGUUCCCGGUCAGGGCCGGGCUAGCAGCCGAGAGUCGGGAUUUAAUGAAAAAAUUGCUUGGCGCGGUAGACGGUUCUACGUUAACCAUCUGGUCCAGUCAUGGCGACAACGUUGACGUGGAAGAUCUUAGGAAACUAGUUGCGAUGGCCGGCAUCAAUAAAACCUACAUCGACGUGCCGGCGGAGCUUUUGAGUCAGUUGCAUUUGGACGAUUUGCCAAAAGGUGGCGCUAUUAAGGUCACCGCAGGAGCAUUACUCUUGGCGGUUGUUUGUGUCACUGCGACUUUGUUCUAACGUGUAUUGUAAAGGAGUGUUUAUAAAAUUUAUAAAGUUGUGUGGAAUGGUUGUCUUUUACCUUGCAUGACAGCGGUUAGGAUAGCGGUACUACACUAAAUAACUCAUAAAAUCAACAGUAACAUUGGAUUGCAUCUGUCAAAUGCACAGAUUAAUUUUAAGCUUAUUUUUGAAUACCGCCAUCUAACGUGGGCAUGUUUAAACCUUUGUUGCAUAAUUUUUGUUAAUUUUACGGCGCAACGCCAGAGGGAAGGCAACCAGGGAUUUUCCUGAUACAAGGUUAGGAGGUUAGGUUUUCUUUUGGUGGCUUUAUUGCUUUUGCCAUUCUUCAUGCGGGUUUUGGAAGGAAUCCGCAAUUAAAGGUUGUUAAAAUAAAGCUCUCCAGAAGUAAUUUUUGUAUGUUUGGCAGUUAUCGAUAUACCUAUACCAGGAGGAAUCCGCAAUCAAUAGCUAUUAGAUGAAAUGUGAGCUGCUAAUACUAUAAAACUGGUGCGCUUUAAACUGCUGUGAUCUUCACUCGCAAAUUGUGUAAAUUCGGGGCAUAUUGCAAAACUGCCGAAAAAAUGCCACAUUGAAAUGGAAAACUCUCGAGAAUUGAUGUACUGUCAGUUGCUAUGUUAUCAGCAUAGGCAUGCGAGUUAAUAAUUUUUAAGAAAAAUCUUCCAUUCCGUACAUACAUACUAAUGAAUCUUAUCAAAUAAAUAACAUGAUAUAACAAUAAUCAUGU